CUCUCUCUCACCUCACUGCUCUCCCCAAAGCACGGACGUCCUUCCCUCCUUCCUUCCUUUCUUCCCCUCCGUCCUUCGUUCAGCCAAUCCUUCCGUCCACACUGCCAACCAGUUCAGCCAUGGAGGUCUUCUCUCCCUCCCAGGUCUUCUACGACAGCGCCUGCACCUCCUCUCCAGAAGCCCUGGAGUUCGGCCCCGGGGAGCUGACGGGGUCUGAGGAGGACGAGCAUGUCAGGGCCCCGGGGGCCCCACACCAGCCUGGACACUGCCUCCAGUGGGCCUGCAAAGCCUGCAAGCGUAAAUCGAGCACCGUGGACCGCCGGCGAGCGGCCACUAUGCGGGAGCGCCGGAGGCUGAAGAAGGUGAACCAUGCCUUCGAGGCGCUGCGCCGCUGCACCUCGGCCAAUCCCAGCCAGCGGCUGCCCAAGGUGGAGAUCCUGAGGAACGCCAUCCAGUACAUAGAGAGCCUGCAGGAUCUGCUGAGGGAGCAGGUGGAGAGCUACUACUCCCUCCCUGGAGAGAGCAGCUCGGAGCCCGGGAGCCCCUUGUCCAGCUGCUCUGAUGGCAUGGCUGACUGCAACAGUCCUGUGUGGCAGCAACAAAUGAACACAAGAUACAAUAACAACUACAGUUACACCAAAAAUGAGUGCUCUGGAGGGAGGGGUGUUGGAGCCUCUAGCCUGGAGUGUCUGUCAAGCAUUGUGGAUCGCCUCUCCUCGGUGGACACCAGCAUUCCUGUGGCGCUGAGAGACAUGGUCAACUACUCUCCCUCCAGCACAGACUCCCAGCCCAGCACUCCGGAGAGCCCCAACUCCAGGAGGGUCUACCAUGUUUUGUGAGGGAGAACAACAGUAGCUCUAACCUGUAAGAUGUUUGUGAACGGUUGUGUUGUUUUGUUGUGAAACGCGCUUAGACGUGGUGAAUGAGGAGUGGUGGUAAACACAGACCAACUGUUUAAUUGUAAAUAAAAGUGUAAAUAUGUUCUGUAAAUGCUCAGUUAUUUUAUACGUCUAGUAUUAAACCUAAUGUAAAAUAUUUAAUUGAAACCUUUUUUUUCCUUUUGAUCUUAUGUUCACAAUUCAAACCAAGUUGUAUUUAAGUGAUUAUUGUCUUUUGUUACUUUUUAUACUACAAAUAAA